CACCUAUGUUACUAUUUAAGACCUUGAUAGUGGGCAAUCAACAUUAUCUCUUGGUUAGUAACCUACCAUGAUGAACUCAGUCGUUUAUGGAGUUUUGGUUUGUGCCCUCGGAAUCGUGGGAAUUUAUGGGCAAGAUGUAACUCCUGCACCAAACGAUGUUACAUCUAUAUAUCAAGCCAUUGACGUGACGACUUCUAAGGCCAGGGAGGGAAUUAAAGCUUCCGAACUUGAAGCAGCAAUGGAUGACAUUAGAAAUAAGGCGGAUGAAUAUUUGAAUGAAAAAGGUGCCAAAGUGGAGAAACAAGACAUAGUAAAUCUAUUGGCUGAGGUCACAUCCAAAUACAAUCAAGGAAUUGUUUUAUCAACGUUUCUAGAAGAUCCCUUAGUUCAAGAAGGUCGAAAGGUCAGCGCUGGACUGUACACUCUUAACGAGCUGUCCAGAAGGCUGAAGGAAGCAGACAACGAGACUUUGAUCAACACUCUAGUGGCAGCAGUUCAAUACACAGCUGGGGCUAUAAAAGGAAUUGUUCUUACAGCCGAGGCAAUCUACACCUACAACAGGGACGACUCGAACAAUGGAAACAGUCUGAACAAGAGAUGGGAAGUCACUGGAACCGAUGACGAUGAUCUAAGCAGAAGAGUCUUGCCUACUCGUACCCGUUUUGGUACUAAAUUUAGUCGUCCAGUAGUGUCUAAGAGACAAUGGAGAGCGGGUGUGAGCGCUGGGUACAGCUCAGGAGGAGGCUUUAGCGCUGGAGCCUCAUUGAGCUACACGUGGAGAGGAUAAAAGCUGGACCUUAAGGAUCUCAUAUUAAAAAAAUUCAAAUAAAUGAUAAAAACCAUGAUGAAACAACAACAACAAUCUUAUUCUUUUAAAACCUAACAUGCCUUUAAUUAUUUAAUUCAAUAAAUAUUUAAAAUAAUUCGUUAAAAAA